GCCGUAUCAGUCGGCUUGCAGACUUUCGCGUGUGCGGCGGUGCGAACUAGCUUAUAGCCACGAUUUGGAGCGGAUUGACUGAGAAUUUGUGGAUCCGAGAUCCGAUUCGAGAAUUGCAAACAAACAGAUCGAGAAAUUCGCUGAGAUUAGGGCGCGACUUGUUGACAGUUUGCAGUCAUGUGAAGUGGUUCAAUUAGUGCAACAACAAUAAGACAGAAAGAAACCGUGCUUGAUUUACAUAAUUAACAAGUGGUGGAGUGCGAACGGAGAUUUCGAAAACUCAGAGGUAGAUUCUCCGAAGAAUUAUAAGCAAAGAACGAAGAACAAGCCGAGCAAGAAUAUCGAAAUAUAUUCCGAUAACGGAACUGCUCGUGGCGAAGACUCAUUAAGUUUACAUGCAGCGGAUUGCAUAACCAGAAGAGAAGAUGAUGCUCCACUUACGUCACUGGCCACUCGUGCUGGCCAUCGCUUCCUGCUCAGCAGCAGCAGCAGCGGCAGCGACGACAACAACGACAUCAACAACAUCAUCGUUAUCCUCCAUUCCGGGCAAAUAUCAGGCCUUGGGUGCAGCCCAUCACCAGCCAAAGAAGCUGAAAAUCGGAGCUGCCUCCUCCUCCUCCGCCUCAUCUGCCACCUCCUCUGGGGAUGGCAAUGGCAACAAACCUGUAUUCCGGCAAAAUCCGAUCAAGAAUUGGUUCGGUGCCUUCAAUCGCAAUAAUUCGCCGGCAGCUCAAAACCAAACGUCGCCGACAUGUUCCUGCAGGUGCGGCGAACGCAACGACGAAUCACGAAUUGUGGGCGGAACGACAACGGGUGUAAGUGAAUACCCCUGGAUGGCCCGGCUAAGCUACUUCAAUAGGUUCUACUGCGGCGGCACCCUGAUCAAUGAUCGUUACGUGCUGACGGCGGCGCACUGCGUCAAGGGCUUCAUGUGGUUCAUGAUCAAGGUCACCUUCGGGGAGCACGAUCGCUGCAACGACAAGGAGCGCCCAGAGACGCGAUUUGUGCUGCGCGCCUUUAGCCAGAAGUUCAGUUUCUCCAACUUUGACAAUGAUAUUGCUUUGCUGCGUCUGAACGACCGCGUCCCCAUCACCAGUUUCAUCCGGCCAAUCUGCCUGCCAAGGGUAGAGCAACGCCAGGACCUUUUCGUGGGCACCAAGGCCAUUGCCACCGGCUGGGGCACGUUGAAGGAGGAUGGCAAACCCUCAUGCCUGCUGCAGGAGGUUGAGGUCCCCGUGCUGGACAACGACGAGUGCGUGGCCCAGACGAACUACACCCAGAAGAUGAUCACCAAGAACAUGAUGUGCUCGGGCUAUCCGGGAGUUGGUGGGCGGGACAGCUGCCAGGGUGACUCCGGUGGUCCACUGGUGCGUCUUCGGCCCGAUGACAAGCGCUUCGAGCAGAUCGGCAUCGUAUCCUGGGGCAAUGGCUGUGCCAGACCCAAUUAUCCGGGGGUGUAUACCCGGGUGACGAAAUACCUGGACUGGAUCGUGGAGAAUUCGCGGGAUGGGUGCUUCUGCGACGAGGACUACUGAACGCGGGUGAGCGCGCUGGAAGCGGUGGACAAUUCUUCGCCUUAGUUGUUA